AUGUAUGGUCUGCUGUGUGAGAGUCUGCAUGACUUCAUUAAGGAGUCGUACGGGGAUGACGUGUGGAAGCUGGUGAGAGAGAGAGCAGACGUUAGACUCCACUCCUUCGUCACACACCAGGUCUACAGUGAGAGUGUAAUCCCACGCAUAGCGAAAGCAGCCAGCGGUGUUACAGGUACCCCCUAUAAUGAGCUGAUGAACUCCUGGGGUGUUUACUUCCUGGGCUUUGUGGGGAAGUACGGCUAUGACAGGAUCCUCAAGGUGUUGGGCCGUCAUGUGCGUGACUUUGUCAACGGGUUGGAUAACCUGCAUGAGUACCUGCGCUUCAGUUAUCCCAAAGUUCAGCCCCCCACCUUCUUCUGUCAAGAGGAGUCUGCUACCGGAGUUACGCUGCACUACAGGAGCAAGCGGAAGGGCUACCUACACUAUGCUAUGGGUCAGCUCAGACAGAUGGGCAAACAGUUCUAUGAUACAGACAUCCAUGUGGAGGUUCUCUCUGAGCAGCUGGUGGGAGAUUACUCACACGUCACUAUGAGACUGAACUUCGAUAACUCUGCUUAUCGCUACAUCCAGAAAGAGGACGAAGAGGAGCAAGAGAUUCUGCCGAUCACCAGUGACUUUUUCUUCGAGGUGUUUCCCUUCAACAUUGUCUUCAGACAGGACAUGGUGGUGCACAAUGUCGGCUCUGGUUUGGCCACAGUUUUCCCUGAUCUAGAUGGGAAGAAGAUCAACGAUGCAUUCCUUCUGGCUCGCCCCCUGGUGGAGUUCACCUGGAACAUGAUCAUCUCCCACCCCAACAACCUGUUUGAAAUCAUGUCCAAGGAGCCUGUGAAGAGGGAGCGGAACCUUCAUAAUAGAGUCCAGAACUCUGAUUAUGAGAAUGCUAAUCGUUCUGCUGAUGUAGACGUGGAGCUCAUGGCCUUCCAGUCCAUCAUUGGAGACGAUUACAAAGAUGGAAACAGUGCCAAUGCCAUGGAGAGCUGGGGGGACGGGAGCCGCUGCCUCAAACUGAAAGGCCAGAUGAGAUACAUGCCAGAAUGGGAGUCCAUUAUCUUCCUGGGAACGCCUGUAAUGGAGAGUCUGAGUGCCAUGUUUAAGACUGGACUCUACAUUAAUGACCUCAGUAUGCACGACUCCAGCAGAGAUCUGGUUCUGGCAGGAACGCAGCAGUCUGAGGAGCUCAAGAGGGCUCUCAUACAGGAGCAGAAGAAGUCCAGUAAACUGGAGGAAAGUAUGAAGAUGCUGGACUAUGAGAUGAAGAAGACUGAUGACCUGCUCUACAGGAUGAUCCCUAAACCUGUUGCUAAGAGGCUGCGCAAGGGAGAGCCUGCGGUCAACACAUGUGAGGUGUUCCCAGAUGUGACCAUACUGUUCAGCGAUGUGGUGGGCUUCACUCGGAUCUGCAGCCACAUCACCCCCAUGCAGGUGGUGUCCAUGCUUAACACCAUGUACACACUCUUUGACACUCUCAGCGAGAAGCACAGAGUCUUCAAGGUUGAGACUAUUGGGGAUGCCUACAUGGUUGUAGCUGGAGCUCCUGAGAAGACUAAGUACCACGCCCAUAAUAUCUGUGACAUGGCUUUGGACAUGGUGCGCUCCAUUGACCACCUCAAAGACCCGUCUAAUGGCAACAACAUCCAGAUCAGAGUGGGCAUCCACUCUGGAAUGGUUGUUGCUGGGGUCGUGGGUCACAAAAUGCCUCGUUAUGGUCUCCAUGGUGAUACAGUCCAUACGGCAUCAGCCAUGGAAAGCAAUGGAAAGGAGAUGCACAUUCAACUCAGCAGCGCUACCUAUGAGCACCUGAAGGGCAGUCACUUCAUUUUUGAGAGACGUGGGACCAUAACCAUAAAGGGUAAUGUGGAGAUUGAGACCUACUGGCUGAAGGGAAAGAGGGAUAAGGAUGGAAAUGCGCAGGCAGCUUGCCCACAGUUUGAGGCUCAAACCAUCAGCAAGGCUGCAAUCUCUCCCCCUGAGCCCCCCAUCGAUGAGGAAGUACUGGUGUUCCCAUCUGUGGCAGGUGAGGAUGAGGAUGAUGUCAAGUCUAUCCGCUCUCACCGAAUCAAGAUGGAAACUUCUGGCAACUCUCUGGAGGAGUCCAUGGAGGAGGGCCGAGUGGAGGAGUUGUCUGUUAGUAAGUCUCAUCAUAAAGAUGUCUUGCAGGACGGUGGCCUCCAGGACCCUCACAUAGAGCUGGACUCUCCAGAGUUUGAUGGCCGGGAUUCCAUCAUGGAGUCUCCUGAAGGCUCCUGUGACUCACGCUGCUCAGAAAAAAGCACCAUGUGCUCCGUAUCCUGAAGCGGACACCAUCAGAGACAUGAAACUCAUACUGACUCUGGCUUUGGCC